AUGGGCAGGAUGGGCGCCUACAGCGGCGAUGACAGCCUGGUGAGAGGCGGCUGCUUCGUGCACGACGUGCUCGAGAUCUGUGGGGGCGGCCCGCGCGAGGGUCAAGCGGAUCGAUGCGCCAAGAUAAGUGCUUCGUCCGUGGCCUCAGCCUCCUCCCCCCUCUCCGAUCAUCCGCCCCAUUUCGUUCUUAUCAUCAAGUGCUGUGGCCAGCGCAAGGGGAUCUGGGUCCCCACUGGGGCUCAGGGGUACAGCCGCGCUUCGCGCGUCGCCGCCGAGGCCGCCCAGCUGGCCAUCUCCACGGGGUGGCGCGGGGGCGCGCGAAAAACGGCGCGUCGCGCACCGCGGGGCGCGGUGCGAGAAGUUGGGUGA